GGCAAGUCAUCGUCAUCGCUGCUUCGCCGUUUCGCCGUCCUUCGCUAGCGCUUGCGGUUUUAGCUCUGUGUAGCCAGUAGAGGCCUGUAUAGUAAAGCGAGACUGAACUGAACUGAUUUUCAACACCGAUCCGACACGGCAGUAGGAACGCUCAUCAACAAAGAAAGUUUACCACUCGCAGUAAGCUGCGAUACAGAUCGAAAACCCCCGGCAUUUUAGCAGGAAGUGCAAGUGAAGCGAGAAGAAGGUGGCCCCAUAGCGCGCAUUACACACAUUCGACGGCAAUUGCACGUACCGUGUGAGUAGAAGUGAAGAAGCCUUCCCAUUUCGCAACGAACCGGAGGUUCGAACGAAUCGAGGAGCUUGAACAAGACUCUCCCUCCCAUCGUUCAGCAAGCCAGCAAAAGGACACGGAAAAAAGCCCAUUCUUUAAAUGGCCGACAGCAAGAACGAGGAUUUGGCAACAGCCAUCCUGAAGCGCAAGGAUCGCCCGAACCGUUUGAUCGUCGAUGAAGCCGGCAAUGAUGACAAUUCGGUCAUUUCGUUGUCUCAGGCCAAAAUGGAUGAGCUGGAACUGUUCCGCGGUGAUACGGUGCUGCUCAAGGGCAAGCGCCGAAAAGAAACCGUGUGCAUCGUGCUGUCGGACGAAAACUGUCCGGACGAGAAGAUUCGCAUGAACCGUGUGGUGCGCAACAAUUUGCGCGUGUGGCUCGGUGACGUGGUGAUGAUUCAAUCCUGCCCGGACGUCAAGUACGGCAAGCGCGUCCACAUACUGCCGAUCGACGAUACGGUCGAGGGGCUGACGGGCAAUAUGUUCGACGUGUACCUGAAGCCGUACUUCCUCGAGGCGUACCGACCGAUCCACAAGGACGACACGUUCGUGGUGCGCGGUGGUAUGCGUGCGGUCGAGUUUAAGGUGGUGGCGGCCGACCCGGAACCGUACUGUAUCGUCGCACCGGAGACGGUAAUACACUGCGAGGGCAAUCCGAUCAAGCGCGAGGAGGAGGAGGAAACGCUGAAUGCGGUCGGGUACGACGAUAUCGGUGGCUGCCGGAAGCAGCUGGCGCAGAUAAAGGAGAUGGUCGAGCUGCCGCUGCGCCAUCCGUCGCUGUUCAAGGCGAUCGGUGUGAAGCCACCGCGCGGCAUCCUGAUGUACGGUCCACCCGGUACGGGCAAAACGCUCAUUGCCCGCGCGGUCGCAAACGAAACCGGUGCGUUCUUCUUCCUGAUCAAUGGGCCGGAAAUUAUGUCCAAGCUGGCGGGCGAGUCGGAAUCGAACCUGCGCAAAGCGUUCGAGGAGGCAGAGAAGAACUCGCCGGCGAUCAUCUUCAUCGACGAAAUCGAUGCGAUUGCGCCGAAGCGCGAGAAGACGCACGGUGAGGUCGAGCGGCGUAUCGUGUCACAGCUGCUCACGCUGAUGGACGGCAUGAAGAAGAGCUCGCACGUGAUCGUGAUGGCCGCCACGAACCGGCCCAACUCGAUCGAUCCGGCCCUGCGACGCUUCGGGCGUUUCGAUCGUGAGAUCGACAUUGGCAUUCCGGACGCGACCGGCCGGCUGGAAGUGUUGCGCAUUCACACGAAAAACAUGAAGCUAGCGGACGACGUCGAUCUGGAGCAGAUAGCGGCCGAAUCGCACGGUCACGUCGGUGCGGACCUGGCGUCGCUCUGUUCCGAGGCGGCGUUGCAGCAGAUUCGCGAGAAGAUGGAUCUGAUCGACCUGGAGGACGAUCAGAUCGAUGCGGAGGUGCUGAACUCGCUGGCCGUGUCGAUGGAAAAUUUCCGCUACGCCAUGACCAAAUCGAGCCCGUCGGCGCUGCGCGAAACGGUGGUGGAGGUCCCGAACACCACCUGGACGGACAUCGGUGGGCUGGAGAAUGUGAAGCGCGAGCUGCAGGAGCUGGUACAGUACCCGGUCGAGCAUCCGGACAAGUUCCUCAAGUUCGGCAUGCAGCCGUCGCGCGGCGUACUGUUCUACGGGCCGCCCGGUUGCGGCAAGACGCUGCUCGCCAAAGCGAUCGCCAACGAGUGCCAGGCCAACUUUAUCUCCGUCAAGGGCCCGGAACUGUUGACCAUGUGGUUCGGCGAGUCGGAAGCGAACGUGCGCGACAUCUUCGACAAGGCACGGUCCGCUUCGCCCUGCGUGCUGUUCUUCGACGAGCUGGACAGCAUUGCCAAGUCGCGCGGCGGCAACGUGGGCGAUGCGGGCGGUGCGGCCGACCGCGUGAUCAACCAGAUUCUGACCGAGAUGGAUGGUAUGGGGGCGAAGAAGAAUGUGUUCAUCAUCGGCGCCACCAACCGGCCGGACAUUAUCGAUCCGGCUAUCCUGCGCCCGGGCCGUCUCGAUCAGCUGAUCUACAUUCCGCUGCCGGACGAGAAGUCGCGCGAAGCCAUUCUGCGCGCGAACCUGCGCAAGAGCCCGGUCGCGGAGGACGUCGAUCUGAACUACGUGGCGAAGGUGACGCAAGGCUUUUCCGGCGCGGAUCUGACCGAAAUCUGCCAGCGCGCCUGUAAGCUGGCGAUCCGGCAGGCGAUCGAGGCGGAGAUUCGGCGGGAGCGGGACCGUGCCGCUAACCAGAGCUCGGCCAUGGAUAUGGAUGAGGAGGACCCGGUGCCGGAAAUUACGCGCGACCAUUUCGAGGAAGCGAUGAAGUUUGCCCGCCGUUCCGUUUCCGACAACGACAUCCGCAAGUACGAAAUGUUUGCCCAAACGCUGCAGCAAUCUCGUGGAUUCGGCACUAACUUCCGAUUCCCGUCGGGCCAGGGUAGCUCAAGCUCGCAGGGCCAGGGUUCGUCGCAACCGACGAGCCAAAAUCCGGGCGACAACGGUGACGACGAUCUCUACAGCUAGAUUCCUUCCCGGCAUUAGUACACACACACACACACACAACAGCAACAAACACAUGCCCUCCUCCCUUCUUUGUUCCCCCCAUUUUUACUGGACUAACCCGAGUCGGUCUCUCCAUGUGACAGCUGCGCGUAGAGUGCGAGUGUGUGUGUGUGUGUGUGUGUGUACACACACAUACAUAAUUUGCCUUCAUCACCUACCACCACACCACCCUACACAAUUUUGUCCUCCCACUCUCUCCCGCUCUCUCUCUCACCGUCUCCCCUUAUACAACAGCAGGAUUGAGGUUAUGAUGAGUAGUAGUAGCUUUCAUUUAAGCCCCGGAUAGUCGAGAAACGGAGCAGAGAGAAAAGUAAAGAAGAAGAAAGGACCGGUUAAUAGUGUGUUUGUGUAUGUGCGCGCGUGAUGUGUGUAGACGCAGAAAUGGUAGAGAAGAAGUAGUAAUAGUACCUAGUAGUAGGGGGGGGGGGGAGGAUGUGGCGGGGGAUAAAAGGUGUGAGAAAAGAGAGGAGGAAGGGGGGGUAUGGGACGGUGGGCGAUAGGCAAACACGAGCGUAAACGAACUCUCUGGUAAACACAGCUACACCGCUCGUGGUCAGCCUCUUAUUCAUAAUAAUGAUUUUGAUGAAGCAAAUAAGAAAUGAGAUACAUUAAUUGUAAGACCGCCCCGUACUCUA